AUGGAAUUCAUAACCAUAGAGCAACGUCCACGAAUUCAGUCGUGCAAUGUUUUUAUGUCAACGAAGCAUUCUACAGAAUCACGUGAAAUCAAGUUGAGCCUGAAAAACAACUCAAUUGGCCUAAAAAUUUUUAACAAUUGUUUUGACAUCGAUCUUCAAUCAUUAAUGGUUAUACCAGAAUCAUUGUCGUCGUUGAGUAUAACAGAUAAGUGGAUAUCGUUCAGGUUACAAUCUAGUCCAGUUGACUCAAAAGUUGGCACAUUUUCAACAGAAGUCAUUGAUUCUCAAAAGUUAGAGAGGGAAAUUUCAAUAGCUACAGAGAUGCCAGAGAUUCAAUUACCUCCAAAGAAUACUCAAUUAUCGCUAGUAUGUAAUUGUUGUAAAAAUAUUCUUACUAAAUCUGAUAUUAUUUUUGAGAGAGUACUUCCAUUACCGAGUGAUGAUUGUGAUCCGUCUCAGUGGUUUUGUUGUUCACACACUGGAGAUGAUUUAAAUAUAAAGACAUUAUUGCAACCACGUGACAAAGAUUUUUUCUAUGGCUCUCAUUACUGUAUUUUGAAUAGAAAUAUCUUUUUGGACAAGUACAAAGUUUUUGGAGAAGAUGUUGUGUGUAACAGAUGUUUAACAGUACUGGGUAACGACGAUUCUAAUUUUGGGAAUGCUAUUAAAUUUUGGAAUUGUUCCUUACAAUUUACAGUGGAGUCCUUACCAUCCAUCUAUUCUAAUCAAACUAGUCCGUGGAUUGACUUUAAAGCAGCUUUUCUACACUGCAUUAGCGAUGAUAUAUUUAAUAGCGAGAUUAAUUUUCUUGCUGUCGAACAAAAUCGUCAAUAUUUAUUAAUUAUCAAACCAAUGGAGAAAAAUCUUUGCCUUCUUACAGAGUCACUCUCAUCCAAAUCGAAUAAAAUUACAUUAGAUAAAAAAUUAGUUACAAAGGUUUUGUAUAGGUACGAAAAAUCACAGUGCUCUGUGAAAAACAAAAACUCAGAUGUGAGAAUUUGUAGGAUAAGUGUUAGAAGUAUAACUGCAGGUAUUGAUAAUUUAGUACUGUCAUCUCAGAGAAUUGCAUCGAUUUAUCGUAAGAUAGAACCAGACUAUCACGUUGGUUACAUACUAUAAUUGAAAAAAUAAUCGUAGCUUGUGCGAAUUAUGUUUCUCAUAUUUUUCUAUUCUCUAUUUAUACAAUUACAGAAAAAAUAUAUUUUCUAAAAUUUUCAA